GCCCUGAUAUGCUUAAACGUAGAAAUCAAAACAAAUAUCACAAACUCAAAAUAUUGGUUUUAAUAACUACAUGUAGAAUAAAAUUUUAAUUAAAAUAUCUAGAUUAAAAUGUAUGAGUAAACUUGCUACAAAAUUAUGUACAAAUCUAACUUUUAGUAAAGCGAAACUGUGUAUUGUUAAACUUAAAAUGUAUUUUGUUGCUGUUUAUAAUGGACCGAGAUAUCUCUACAGGGACGUUCAAUUCUCUGCUGAUGACUAGAGUUUCAUAUGUGAUAAAAUAUUAAACAUGCUAUCAAGAUGUUUAAUUUAGAAACAUAUGUCACUCCAAUAUUGCUAAGCUAUCUGGAUAAAUAUGUGCAAAAUUUCAAAGCUGGAGAUGCCCAGGUUUCACUAUGGGGUGGCGGGGUCACAUUACAUAAUUUAGUGCUCAAAGCAGGCGUACUGCAACAAGAAGUUGCAUUACCUUUUACACUCAUCUCAGGAAGAAUACAUGAGUUGCUUAUACAAGUGCCAUGGACGAAGAUUAUGUCCGAACCCAUUGUGGUUACUAUCAAUACAAUAGAAUGUAUUCUCAGUCUUGAUGCUCCUCCACCAGAUGAGAAUGCUAUACCAGAAAGACGGAGAAGUCAAGUUGUAGAAGCUCCUCCAGGGUAUAUGCAAGCAUUAGUUCGUCGUAUAGUCAGCAAUAUAUCAGUGCGAAUCAACUCGCUUAUUGUAAAAUACGUUCAUGACGAUAUUGUGAUGUCUUUAACUGUCAAACGACUAGCUGUAGAUAGCGUUGGUGCGGAUUGGGAACCACUUUUUGCUGAUAUAGAUCCUGAGCAUCCGCUUAUUAGGCGCCUGGUUCGGUUAGAUGACCUUACCCUCUGUCUUGAUAAAUGCGAUUCUGAUGGUAAAAUCAGAUUUUACCAAGAACCUUUACUGUAUCGAUGCCAACUAGACCUAAGGGUUUUGACGCGCUUAAUCUCAGCAAAAACACGACGCGCUAGCAGUUUUAGUGUUCAAUUACGAUCUAGUCUCAUGUCGUGGGGAGUAACAAAUGAACAAUUGGAGUUGUUAUUACGACUCUGUAGAGACAAUGCUUUAUCUAACAAGACACCAUCGCCCGUCCCUAAGCAAUUGUCUCAAAUACCACCAUUACUUUCUUCAUCAUCGAACUCGGCCGAACCAGUGAGAAGUGCAAGUUGGUCACAAUGGGCCUGGUCAUGGCUCCCUGCCUGGUCGGAUCGCGAAGGUCGGGAAGAAACACUAGCGCCCUCUGCACCUAUACCUGUCAUGUUUGUCAUUUAUCUAGAACAGGUGGCUUUGGGGUUCAAGGUCUUAGAGACAGAAUUGGGUCGUCAGCGGAGUCGCAACAUCCUUUCAUUGUCAGCGAAGGAUGCAGUGUUAAAAGGCUCUAUAUGCUCGCCAACCAUGCUUCGUGUCAAAUUUGGUGCGAGGGAUGUGUCGCUAUCAUCGCGCGGCCGAUGCGUCUGUGGCUAUGAUAAUAUCAACACGAUGAAAGAUGAACAAACUAUUUAUCUGUCGAAAACAACGAAUGAUAAUAAUGAAUGGAAAUGGAGAGAUGACGAUUUUAAUGCUCAAAAGGUUGAAGUAGGCGUAGCAGCAGAUGAGCAAAUGCAGGAAUCACCAACAAACAACCAGACAGCAGAAGGCAUACAUAUAAAGAUUGAGAGUCAGGGACAAAUCGCCGGCCCAUCAAUGGAAACUGAUGAGGAAAAGGAUAAAUUUUGGACUGAAAUGUCGCCUGUAAUUUACGUUGAAAUGAACCAUGAUAGAACGCCUUUUGACCAACUAGUUAACCCUUAUGACAAUCCACCAAAGGACUUUGAAUAUAGUGAUUGGAUUGAAGAGUGCGUUAUUAAAGUGACCACUCAACCUAUUACAAUUCAAGUGUGUACGGAUUUGUUACAUCGUCUUGAUGUUAUCAGAAAAAUAUAUGAACAAGUUUCGGCCCUUCAAAUUCCAGAACCUCCGAUGCGUACACUUACUGUGGAAGAAUGCGAGGCGUUGUCAGAAAAUCUGCCGCAGCGUCGUAUCGGUUUUGAAAUUAAUGGUUUGCGCAUACAACUGAUUCCUUGGGACCACUCUCCGAGAGAGAGACAAGUGAACAUUCCAAUUGUACUGGCUGUAGAUGUACCGAAGGCAGUGCUUAAUGUUGCAGCGCCACUGUAUUCGCAUAGGGUUUGUUCUGCAGCCUGUCAGAUGCCAUUCAAAAGUGACCCCCUAUGGCAAGGAGCCAGGCUCCACGUAUCCGGCAAUAUGUCCCUACAGGCAGCGGUCUGUUCAGCUACGGACACGCAACCAUAUCCUUGUCUUGACGCAAAUCUUAAUUUCGUCACACACAAACUUCUGCACAAGGACUUUUUUACGUCUCGAAGGAUUUCCGACUUCAACUAUACGAUUAAAAUACGUGAGGUAAAAAUUUGUGGAUCAUCAGCCCGAUUGCAAGCCGCAUAUUUAGUUCCUGUGAGUUUGUUUUCUGAGCAACGCUGUGAGGUUCUCAACUAUACAACUUUAGCUACGGACGCGUUGCAUGAUGAAGAAGCGGUUGCUAUUGACGUCUCUUUAGAAGAAUUGAUGGUAUGGGGCUACAGGGCGAAAUUGAUUCACACGCAUAUCCUUACAUUAGGAUCAGUCAAAGCUACUGCUCAUCAUGCACCCCGUGGUGGGGAUCCGAAACAAGUAUGGCUAUUCUCUGGUCCUGACACUGAUACUUCUACUCAAUAUAUUAGAACGAGGUUUCAACUAUGCAAAGAGCCGACGCAGGAUUCAGUAGACUACUUCGGUGUUUGGUUGGAGCCUACUGCAAUCUGUGUGGAUCCAUUAUUCGGUGCCUGGCUGGCGUAUAAACCGAAGAUGAAGGUGACUGAGCGACGUUCAACAGUUUCCCUUACGAGAAUAAUGUCCUCUGCGCAAUAUUUAUCAAAGCGGAGGCAAACAACACCGUCAUCAAGCGGGCGUGGUGGAAGUCGUUCUGGGUCAGGAACCGAACAAGUCCAUUCAAGAACUCGCAGUCACCACUCAACACACUCGGGUGAAAGUGAGAAAAAGGAGAUUAAACCACAAAACACGCAAAAGGUGCCCGAACCGCGUUGGCCUCAACAGACGUUCUUAAAAAUCUACGAACGGUUAGAACAUUUGUUAAUUGCCGUUGAAAUAGGAUUGGUGAACGUAUACGUAACAACGAGCUGUGCGAACGCAACGGGUUGCGUUACAGUGAGAGAUGCAAUAGAGCGACAUGCCAUGGCGUCACAAAAUGUUCUUGUUGUUAGUUUGGGUCAUCUUUCUGUAAUCUCUCCAUCGACGAAACAGUUUUGGGAACGAGUGGAAGUUAAUGGACCUACAUUUUUAAAACCAGAAAAUGAAAAGCCUGAUAACACAUUUGUUGUGGAUGACGCAUUCCCUUGGAGAAUGCGAUUGGCCGACGUCUCUUGCUACACCCUAGAGGCGAGGGUUGGUACCGAGCGUUCUGGUCGGGAAAAAUCCGCCAAAGGCUUAAAAUCGCAAUUGAAAAGCACACAUCAACUUGUACCAAGAAUAGUAUUAGAUCUCGUGACGACAUCGAUAACAUUAUCGCUUGUGGCAAGAUCCUUGAAAAUAUUUGUUGCACCCAAAAAAGAGAAGAAACUUCAGGAGUUAACCACUGAUGAUGCCACAAAGUAUUUUACAAGUGGAAUUGAUUUCAAGCCUUCAUCAUUAAAAGAAUUCGUACGUGGACCGUCUAACAGAGGCAAAGCAAACAAUCCCCAAGCAAAGGAGACUGAAUCGGAAUCUCCUCGGGAGGAGACAGUUAAGGAUGGUCCUAUAGUGUCACUUGGAGUCAACAUUCAUGCAGACACACCCCCUAUUAAUGUCCGAGUUGAUCACGAUCAGAUAAACGUUAUAGCUGAAGCAAUUCACUGUUGUAUUCAUGUUUUACGAUUGCUACAAGCGUCUCCUCUAUUGGCCAAGCGGAAAAAGUCUUCCGGCUCUCAGGGAUCUCUCUUAAAAGUCACCUCCGAGUUGGAUACGCAGAGUAUAUCUUUAGAUGCAGAGAGCAUUCAUCCUUCUGAGGAACUUAUAUCAAUAUUCGAAGCAUUUCCUGAUAAAGGACCGGAAAAGCUUAAAACAUUCCUUUGGUUCCAAUGGGUAGUGAGCCACGCUACACUCCUAGUGACCACGCCGUGGUUUAGGCUAGCAUUUGACGCAGAUGACGUCAUCAGUAGCUUGGAUAUGCAAGACAGAUAUGACCAGCUGAAGAUAAAGGUGGCGUCUGCUUCAAUCAAGCAUUAUGAAAGACUUAACGAUGAUUGGCUGCCUGGUGUGCUUGGAGGAAGGGUGUUGGAAGCUCGAGAACCAACAAAUGCUACGGAAGAAAGCGAUUUUCUAUCUGUCACUGUUACAUCAGUUUUAAUAUCUAAAUUACCAGGGAGUUUAAACGAAGAGCUGACGCUAAAAUCUUUCAAGAAAAUAGAACCAGAUGAGCAUAUUUGGGAAAUAUAUGUAGCCCUGGCACCACUGGAAGCAGUUUUACGUCCAAGUAUUUUGGAACCCAUCGUUAGUGUUUGCCGACUCUUCGCACCCAAAAAUAGCUGUACGUUACAAAAUCAGGAAAAUAGGCUGACAGAAGGACAUCGCCCUCUGAUCUAUGUGAGUGCGGGAGGGCUACGUCUUCUACUUGCUGAUCAAAUCGAUGCUAAUAAAAACAGUGACGAUACUAUUAUGUUUGUGCUGGGUAAAACUACUGUCAACCCGUAUCCACAAAAUCCAAUGUGCAGAAAUCCCAUAAAUCCUGCGCCGGAGAACGAGUUAAUUUCGAGUCUUGUAAUAGAAGGACGCCAAUAUGAGAUGCUGAUAAAGGGUUUGGCAGUACGGUCUGUCCAGUUCCAACAGCUGGCCAAUCACGAGGUGUUUCAAUCAGAAUUACUAAAAACGAGCGGCGAAAACCCGGCAUUGAAAUGGAGUCAACAAAUCGACUCGCCAGUUAUAACACCAAUAUUGCAUUCUAUGGACAUAAAUUUGUUAUUAGCACCCCCUGUCUUUGCCAUGGGGGCAUUAAUUUGUGGUCCUGCUUUGGAAGUUAAUUUAGUCACCGAGUGUUCAUUAGAGCUAAGCCUUAAUCGUCUCAAUAUGAUGAUAUCAACCUUUAAUCGGCUCACCGAAACUCUCGAAAAUAGAGAAAACAUAUCUGUUAUGCAAUUUGAAGAGAACGUGUGUCCAUAUGCAAAUUUGUCUAUUAGUGAAGUAAGUGAUGCCUCGCCAUCGGAUUGUGAAUCUACUAUUAUUGAGGAUCCAAAGACGUCGACAGACAUAAUAUUCUCUCCCAUAGCUCGAACUGAUUCUGGUAUCGUCACAUCGCAAAGCGUUCAACAUUUCUCUACCCAAAAGAAAUCUGUAGAUUUUGUAGAUUAUAGCUCGAAAUCGUCAGAAUUUUUAGAAUUAUGGAUAGCUAUGUGGACAAUCGAUAUAUCAAUGUACGUAAGCGACGAUGCCUCUCCAGAAGUAAUCGCGCUUCGACCACCAGUGACCUACCGUCCACCGCCCAAGGAACCUCAGCAAACCAGCAAUGAACCAACAGUUAAGGUUAUUGUAGAGGAACGCGAUGACCCUGCAAGUUCUAUGGGUGCUAGUAAAAGUCUUACAGACACGGUGCGCCAUCCGGAUAUGGCGAAGCAAAACAUCGAUUUGGUGUCCGUACUUCCAAUGGCACGGAAAACCGAAGGGAAUAUUCCGCUUUGGCACGUUAAAUUGACUCUGCCUAAUUUAUACUAUUACAGACAUAAAAACCAAAGGAAGAUACAGGCAUCCCUAUUUGAACUGUGGGUUGGUCUCGGUGCUGGUGAAUCAGAUGGGCAGUGGUCUUCACCUCUAUUAACAACUGGGCCUGGAGUAGUCGAUCCGGAGACUGGUAUUGAACCAGCGUUGAUUCGAGUUGAAGGUGUACUGGCGCCAAGAGGACACAAUAGCAGUGAUAGUGAAUGUAGUCCCGUCAAGUUGGACUUAGAACGCCCACUGCAACUUGAGCUCUCCACAGAUAAAAUGAAAAGGCUUAAAGGGAUCUUAAAACUGGUACAGAAAAAAUAUCCGCGUACUGAGAACCCCACACAAACACCCGCAAAGCCACCGUUGGAUAGAUUUCGUCGAUUUAUGAUUCUAAACAGAGUUGAAAAUAUAACAGUGAAGACCAGUAGCAUAGACCUUAAGAGUGAUAUGUGUUCUAUUAGUUGCAAAAUAUCAUCCCUUCAGCUUGGAGCAGGGAAAAAGCCAGACAGAUUAACCUGCAAAAUGUUAUUGUGUAUACAACGAGUGACCGUUGGACCGUCAAGCGAAAUAUUACAUUUGUUACAACCUAUGCUCGUCGGCGUCCAUUUUAGUGCAACGUGGGAAGCAUGGCGUCGACUUGAAAAUACACUUUCUACCCGUGAGCCUACUGUUCGUUUGGGAAUAGAUCUGGACCAGGUCAUACUCGAUAUAAGACCGGAGGACUUAGAUGUUGUACAUAAACUGACCGAAGGUUUGCGGGACUUGAUGGGUGAUGAGCAGUCGGAAGACUUGGAAGCCGAUAGUGAAAUCACACCAACAAACAGUCUACCGACUAUUAUACAAAGUAGCAGUUUUAUUAACAAGCCCGUGGUAUCUACCGGUUCCGAAGUUAUGGAACAUUUUUAUUCGGAUGACUUUAGGAGCGGUGCGUUCAAGAUAAUUAUUGAUGGGCCCGUACCGAUGGCUUACCAAAUAUUAAUUCAAGAAGACCGCGUAAUGUGGAGGUACCCUCAUCCUAGGGCUAUCACUAAGCUUACAAUAUCUCCUAUACCAGAUCAGGAGACAGAUACGGAAUGCGUACUCGAACUUUAUUCUUCUCUGCUUAGUAGAUGGGAAAGACAGGCUGCCUUUAAAAUACCUAUUUCAGAGGUCGCAGAGUAUCAACUAGAAUUUAAACCCUCAGAAGCGGUUUUCGGGUGUCUGUGGCGAGUAAAAGUCAGUUCCCAUCACACGACCAAUCCUACGAACUACAAGUUUGAUAUCGCAAAAUUUUUACCUGGACGGGAUCCAAUGGCAUAUGAUCCACCAAUUGAAAUGCAUUACCUGAGUAAAGCCGUCACUGGUCAGCACCUAUUUGGAGUUCUGAGAGUAGAUUCAACAUUUGCACCCCGUGUAUUGCCACGCCUGAAAUUAGCUCUUAAACUUUCCUGUUUUGAACUAAAUGUCCACAACUCGAUGCCGAUAAUAAACAGAGACGCAAGACUUCUGGAAGGUUAUUAUGUCUCGCGCCCUUUAUGUCGGAGUCAUCGUGUUGCUAAUGUACGCCUAACGGAUACAGUUGCACAUUUAUUAAUCGCUUCUACACCGAAAGUCGUGUUUGACGCUGAAUUGUCGAGUGACCUCCUAAACAGUUCAACCGGAACAUUGGAGCCAUUCCUGGAAGAAUUUCGAGCCCAGGGCGUGGUUUAUUUGGAGCAAAUGCCUCGGCUCAAUGUACGAGCAGGAAAAAUAUCUAUAGCGAUGAAUGUACCGCGUGUGUACACUGUACGAGCGCUAAUAGAUGAUUGGACCAACGCAUACAAUCAGAAAUUUAAGAGCCACAUGAAUAUACAUGCAAAACAGCCAGCCAGUCCCAUCGAAGCCUUAGACGGCCGCGUGGCGCUUUGGGUUCAUAACCAAUGUAGUGUAGCCUUAAGAAUUGGACAAGAGACCACGAAAGAAGUCGUUCCAGUUGGACCUGGCGUGAGUCUUGCGUACAGAUGGCGCAUUCCAUUAGCUCCUAAAAGGCUACGUUUCGCAUUUGCUGGGCCCUGUACGGAUUGGCAUUGGUCGAACAGUAUAGAUUUUAAAGAAGGUUCCUGCAAGGUAGUUCUAGAAAAUCUCUGUGAGGAAGGACCCAGUGAAAAGGACGCGCAAGAAAAGACGCCUGUAACGCUCUAUGUGCGUAUAAAAAGUACGGGCGCGAGACGGGAUAUGUUCUUGUCGGGUCGUGUGCGUCUGGUCAACGUCUUGAGGCAACCUCUUAUGUAUAUGGUGAGGUAUCGGAAUACAACAGUUGAUCCAUGGCAGACGAUCACUGCUGGAGUUUUAAAUCCUGAAACCGUCGGUCUCAGUGUUCUAUGUGGCCCAGGACUUGCUUCCCUCAAAGUGAAAUUAACAGCGGAGGAAUCUGGUUGGUCCGGGGAUAUACCGGUGCAAGAAUGUCGAAGAAGAAACUUGCAAUGGCUUGUGAAAAUUCCUCAUCAAGGCGAUAUCCCAUUUAUAGCGGUGUGGUGCCGCGUAGUUCGCGGACGAUCAGAUGGACGCUUCAUCGCGACAUUUUGGCCGUUAUAUAUGCUGACUUCAGAACUACCACUGGAUAUGAAUGUGACAAUAACAUCGCACUAUAGCCCUGAUGCAGAUUCAAAGCCGCUGUAUGUAAAGAUGCAGACGGCACCUGGCCGCGGAGCUUGCACGCAUAUAUCGACGUAUGGCAAGUCGACGGACAAAAAUUUUAUUUCUCUACAAUAUAGGGAUUUCGAGUAUCAAGUGACGAAAAAUGAACUAGAAUUGCGCUACGAGAACUCGAAUUCACCCGUUUUUGAGGAGCACCCACCGGUGCAGACUGUUGAUGAACACCUUGAUGCAAUCAAACAAUGGUUAAGCAGAUCCGGGCUUGAUGCUAAAUCGACGUGGCCACACACAUUGGUUAGAAACCAUUGGGCUGGUGAUUGGAAGCCAGCGUUACUGCAACCCAAAACCGCUAUCAAUGUUUGCUAUGUACCUGUACGUGUGGGCGGUGGCUGUUCGCUAGAAUUGCGAUUGUUACCUCAAGUCUUGUUCGCGAAUGCGUCUACAAUUGCCUUAACUUUACGAUCGCACGAUGGGGCACCGGUUUGCAAGAUUGAACCCGGCGUGGCUAUUGCAGCUUCUAACAAUAUCAUUGAUAAACCAUUCUACAUGUCGAUCGAAGUGGGCCGAGAAACGUUUGUGAGCACAAAAUUUGAAGUGCAUUGUAAAAUUCCCGGUCGAUAUGAAGAGCCAUCGCCUAAACAUAUAUGGUUGGAUCGUCCCACACGUUGCGCAAUACACUGUAAUCAGAAAGUAGCACUUUUGUCUUUGACACUUGAAAUAGAAGAGUCAAUGUAUGUUUUUGGAAUAACAUCGUCGUUCGCCAUACGAAACUUACUUAAAAUGGAGCUCUUUGUGGCGACCAUUGCAGUACCAAAAGAAAUAGAAGUUUCUGUUCUUCGGCCGAAGGGUUACAAAGUAAUACAACCUACACUAGAAGACAGACUCGAAUGUGUGCCGUUGACACAAUUCACAUUGCAAGAGCGAUGGCUUGGCGACUAUGUGGACGAAUUGAACUCGUUCCUAUGUCUCUCGCUAGAUGACACCUUGGGGCAAACCGGCGCGCCUAUACUCUUGGGAAAAUCACCUUUCCGUCGCCCGCUAGCCUUGCGAUGUGGUACCCGAUUGAUCCCAGUCGUCGUAUGUCAGCAACAACACGCUGGGCGUUGGAUAAUAACCGUGGCUGAAGAUCCCUGCCCACAAUUCUUGAUAUGUAACCGCACAGCGAAACCGCUUGCUAUCGCUGAACCGGAACAUAGUAAAGAAUUCCAAUUGUUCGUGGAUGCUCCGCUACCAGUUGGUAUUCGUGAGUGUGUUGGGGCAAAAUGGUGGUGUGUAAUAGAAGCAAAAUCUUCUACGUAUUAUUGCUGUCCACGUUAUUAUAAUACGUAUCCACCCAAAAUUUUCACAAAGAGUUUGAUGCAACAAUUGCUAGUCGGCAUAUUACGAGAGGAAUCAGACCCAGACUGGAGUGAAUCAUUUUCAGUAGUCAAUGGAGAAACCUUGAUACAACUUACUAACGGUGUCAUGAUAAAAUUAAAUAUUAAAUGCAACCCUCACACUACACUUAUCGAACUAUUGGAUGUGGAUCAGUAUGAUUUAUCAGCCAGUGAAAUACGCCGCCAACUUUUGAAAGUAGAAAAACCAGUUAAAGAUAAAGUUGAAAAUGAGGCAUCUAUCAGUAAUUAUCUACACUCAAAGCGUUCGGAAGCAGAUGGCAAACUAAGGCAAAACUUACAUUCAGCAGCUAGUAGGCCGAAGAAAUCCUUACAGACCCCACCGGAACAGGCAUCCACGUCAAAAAUGAAUAUGCUCGAAGAUUCCUCGCUAGCAAACCUGUCGCAAGCAGUCAAGGAUGAUAUUGAAGAGUCAUUGGAAGUAAGAGAACCAGAGAUAAUAUUUAUGGAUGAGACCGCCUAUAACUCUACUACAUGGAAAACUCAAUUAUGGUCAAAGAAGAGCAACGAAGUGGACAGAAUCCGCGCUUUAGUUGACAGUGUCACGAUAACAUUUGCAAAUGCAUCUGACAAUUUGCCCAUCCUUGCUCUUACAUUACAACGGUUAUCGUUAUGGGCUAGAGAAAAUUCCCGAAAACAAAAAACGACGCUGACAGUUGCAAACGUUCACAUCGAUAACACACAAUAUGAGAGCGGGGACUACGACUUCGCAGUAGUCGCCACUACUGAUGCCCCAGUAACGGAAGAGCUUUGGCCGCCUCUGUGGAAUAUGAACGAAAAUAUGUUCGAUUUAAUGGAAGAAACAGCUAGACUACUGCUCAUCGCUCGCCGUGACAGAUGGACGGCAGACAUAAAUACAUACAAUGAGCUAACAAAGCUAGAGGCUCGAGUUGGACCCUUAGGCCUAUACAUUGAAGACGCCUUUGUGUCGGCUCUUAUUGAAUUAGCUCGAGUUGUUAUGCCGUCUACUGACCCUUGCUCAGACAGCGAAGCUUUAUCCGAAGCCAAUUAUCUUGCAAGACCAUUGCUUAUACAACGACUGUAUAUACAUCCUCUACAGUUAACGUUAACAUUGCAUACUGCUGUACGAAUGUAUAUAGCUUUGGAUCAGAGCCCGUUGCAUCUUAGUGAGUUUGAACUUCUCUACGUGAUGACGACACAGGAAAAUUUAAUUCGAGCCCUCACAGUACACUAUCUAUCUGCGGCUAUACUUGGAGCUGGUUGGGUAGUUGGUGGUCUUGAGCUCUUGGGUUCACCGGCGGCAGUAGCUGCACGUGUGGCUGAAGCGAGUGGGGGAUUGCGCGGAAUCGCGUCAGCGGCCAGCGCAGCCCUACUGCGUUCGUUGAGCGCAUGCGCUCGCUCUGUUGCAAGAAAUUUAGACAUAUUAGCUGGGGACGAGGAACACACGAGACGGGCUGCUGCUGCCAGGAGACGUCAACCUCCAAGUUUAAUGGCUGGGAUUGUAGAUGGCGUGACAAACUUUGCUGUUACCUUAUUAGGUGCGGUUGGAGGUUUGGCACAUCAUCCUUUACUGUCAGUGGUUGUGGGAGAAACAGACAGCCGAGUGGUGGGCCUUCGAAGAGGCUUAGUUGGAGCCAUAGCAAAGCCAUUAAGUGCCACUGCAGACCUUGUGGCAUCAGCCGGACAUGGUAUAUUGAAUCAGACGGGAUGGGAUCCUGUGCCCCAGCCUUUAUGGUCCAAACUCAACUUGAGAGAGCCGAAAAGCAGUUGGCGUCAGAACUGUGUGCGAUGGAUGUUUAGACUUCCCGAGCUGAAUGUACUUGCUGGCUUCGAUAUUAAACUGGGUGACAGUCAGUGGCAAUUGCUGCUAACUGAUAAGUAUCUCGUGAUAUUCGAUGUGGAGGCUGAUCUCGUGGUCGAAUCUAUAAACCUAAAGCAUUGUUCAAUUUUACCUUGGAAGGGAGAAGAUCGUGUUAACAUUCGUGUCAUUAAAAAAUCAUCGAAAAUAUCGCAGGCACGGAUAAUCUCUCACGAUGACUUGACGGCAGAGAUGAAUCCGACGGCCUUUGCACGCGUUGCGCGUUAUACGGGCGCUACAGAAGAGGGUGAACCUGAUGGGCCGUACAGGGAGAUAUCUUUCACACCACCUCCCCGACUUGCAUGCUCAUUACACGCUGCUCUUGCAGUCGCUAUACAACAGAACACGUUAUAGUACACGUUCAUAUAAUCUAUCUUUUGUAGUUAAGCCAAAUUUUUGAUUAUUUUUUAGGGACGUAGUCAUUUCACGUCACAAAAGAUGAGAGAUUUUUAUACAAAUGUAAAUUUUCGUAUACUACUACAGCAGCAUGAUGUUGUGCGUCACACUACUAGACUAGAAAUCUUGUCUAUAAACAUGUUUAACAAUAUUUUCUUAAAUUUUCAUUUGUAGCUUUUGACCACGCUAAACUUGUAAGUACUACGAGCUAUUAUUGCGAGUCUAUUGACAACCUACAACUGAACUCCAUCUUAUUCGUACCAUGACAUUGAAAAAUCCAGCCAGCAGGAUUUCGUUUGUUCGAUUUGUAUGAAAAUUCGUACCAUGACUGCUCGGCUGAACCAAAAUAAGAGAGCAUACUACAUUCAAUAUUAAAAUAUUUAUUAUAAUAAAUCUUGGUAAUAAAGUUAAAAAUGCGUU